AUGGAAACAGGACCUGAAGAUCCUUUCAGAAUGCCGGAGGAAAGUUCUCCCAGGCGGACCCCGCAGAGUGUUCCGUACCAGGACCUCCCUCACCUGGUCAACGCCGACGGACAGUACCUCUUCUGCCGGUACUGGAAACCCUCGGGCACACCCAGGGCCCUGGUCUUUGUGUCCCACGGAGCGGGGGAGCACUGCGGCCGCUACGACGAGCUGGCUCGGAUGCUGGUGGGGCUGGAGCUGCUGGUGUUUGCCCACGACCACGUCGGCCACGGGCAGAGCGAGGGGGAGAGGAUGGUGGUGUCUGACUUCCAGGUGUUCAUCAGGGACGUGUUGCAGCACGUGGACGUUGUGCAGAAGGACCACCCGGGGCUUCCCAUCUUCCUCCUGGGCCACUCCAUGGGAGGCGCCAUCAGCAUCCUCACGGCCGUGGAGAGGCCCGGCCACUUCUCCGGCAUGGUUCUCAUCUCCCCGCUGGUUCUUGCCAAUCCUGAGUCUGCCACGACUUUCAAGGAUCAUUCAAGGAGUUCCGAACACUUGCUCAAAAUGGCAUCAAAAUCCAUAAUAUCUUGCAUUCCACUUCCUUUUCGGGUCCUUGCUGCGAAAGUCCUCAACCUCGUCCUGCCGAACGCAUCCCUGGGCCGGAUCGACAGCAGCACCCUCUCACGGAACAAGACGGAGGUGGACAUCUACAACACGGACCCCCUCAUCUGCCGGGCGGGGCUGAAAGUGUGCUUCGGCAUCCAGCUGCUCAACGCCGUCUCGAGGGUGGAGCGGGCGCUGCCCAAGCUGACCCUGCCCUUCCUGCUGCUGCAGGGCUCUGCCGACCGCCUGUGUGACAGCAGGGGUGCCUACCUGCUCAUGGAGUCGGCCAAGAGCCAGGACAAGACGCUCAAGAUUUACGAAGGUGCCUACCACGUCCUCCACAAAGAGCUUCCUGAAGUGACCAGCUCCGUCUUCCGUGAGAUAAACACGUGGGUCUCUCAGAGGACUGCGGCGGCAGGAACGGGGUCCCCGCCCUGA